AUGAGGGUUACUAUAUCUGCUGGAGGAGUAGAGGAUAGUCUUCAACCCGUCUCCUCUCCUUCUCCGGGAUCUAAACAGAAUACAGGUUACUAUAUCUGCUGGAGGAGUAGGAUAGUCUUCAACCCGUCUCCUCUCCUUCUCCGGGAUCUAAACAGAAUACAGGUUACUAUAUCUGCUGGAGGAGUAGAGCACGACAGUCCUAAACCCGUCUCCUCUCCUUCUCCGGGAUCUAACGCAGGGAUAUCCCGUAUUCAUAACCCUGCAGGGAUAUCCCGUAGUCAGAACCCCGCAGGGAUACCACGAAUUCAGAACCCUGCAGGUAUAUCCCGUAGUCAGAAUCCUGCAGGGAUAUCCCGCAGUCAGAACCCUGCAGGGAUAUCCCAUAGUCCGAAUCCUGCAGGGAUAUCCCGUAGUCCGAACCCUGCAGGAAUAUCCAGUAGUCAGAACCCAGCAGGGAUAUCCCCUAGCCAGAACCCUGCAGGGAUAUCCCUUAGUCAGAACCCCGCAGGGAUACCACGAAGUCAGAAUCCUGCAGGGAUAUCCCGUAGUCAGAACCCUGCAGGGAUAUCCCUUAGUCAGAACCCUGCAGGGAUAUCCCUUAGUCAGAACCCUGCAGGGAUACCCCGUAGUCAGAACCCUGCAGGGAUAUCCCUUAGUCAGAACCCUGCAGGGAUAUCCCGUAGUCAGAACCCUGCAGGGAUAUCCCAUAGUCAGAACCCUGCAGGGAUAUCCCGUAGUCAGAACCCUGCAGAGAAAACUGAAAUUAAAGGGAUCAAACAAGAACUAAGUGAGUUUGGAGUUAAGAACACUUAG